UACACGUUUUCAUUCGGAAGGGUAAACACAAGGAGGCUAUUGUUCUCAGCCGCCCUAGAUCCUCCGCUUGGCCAACUCCUUGGAUCUCUUCCACUAAUUCCUUCCAUCUCUGUCGUAUUUCGACAAGCGAGACGCAGGUAGAUAUAUAUAGUAUCUAACCCUAAAAAUAUACACUUUUUCAUUCGGAAGGGUAAACACAAGGAGGCUAUUGUCCUCAGCCGCCGUAGAUCCUCCCCUUGGCCAACUCCUUCGAUCUGAAGCUCUUCCACUAAUUCCUUCCAUCUCUGUCGUAUUUCGACAAGCAACGAGACACAGAAAUUGGGGUGGAAGUAUUUUCCUUUCCAUUCAUUCGGAUCUCAUCGUGGGAAGGAGAAGGAUAUUGGAGGUGCAAAGGUUACUUACAUCAUCUCCAUCCAUCUCUAUUUUUUACUGGAUAUGAUGUAUCGGCUACACACAUAUUGGUGGUUCAGCAAAGUUGAUCUUAAUCUUGAUUCUCCACCGGCUAAUUCGUUUAGCCUAAUGGCACACGUUGACAGAAAAGAUUUCAACCAUGCCUUAGUCUCAGAAAAAAGUGUUGAAUUGAGUAAAACAAAACACCCAAUUUCGACCACUGUGUUGUUGUCUGAUGACGAAGCAUACUCAUGCUUCUCUCAAUUCCUCUCUACUGUCGGAAUUACCCUCGAUCGUGACCAUAUAUUUCAUAGCAUUCUCUCUGAUUGUCGAGCCAUAACUACUAGCGAACCCUUCUCUAGAUCCCACACCAGUACGGAGGUAAUCACCCGCAAUCGUGACCAGCUCUCGGACACAACUGACGAUUUAUUUAGUAGGAUUCUCUCUGGUGACAUAGAACAAGUCACUUGUUCUAGCACCACUAGCACACCUUUUUUUUUCAUAGACAUGAUGGUUACGUAUUUUCCGUGGCCGUGGCCGUGGGAUGGGGAGGUGGACGAGGACGUGGACGAAGACCAUGAUGGGUUGAAGACCGUACCAUGGAUAGGAGGUUACAUUGAUAAAUGUAUAAUUUGUUUCGUCAAGUUUCGAGUUGGUUCUGAAGUCACUCGCAUGCCCUGUGAUCAUGUCUACCAUGAAGAUUGCAUUAUUCAUUGGCUGGAGAUCAGUAACUUUUGUCCGAUUUGUCGCUUCAAGAUGCCAACAGCUGAAUGAUUUGAAUUAGAAUUGGUGUGUUUUUUUUUUUUUUGCAUCCAUUGUAAUGGCACUGUAAAUGUAAUGACAUUUUUUUAUAACAUAUAUAAAUACAAACAUAUAUUUUAAAUUUUAA